CAAUGUUGAAUAUUUGGUCUUCGAACUCGUGAUCAUUCCGUUGCAGUAGUUCAGUUCGUUAAAGAAGUCUCAUUCCAAACGCUUACAUAAUAACUCCAUAUUAUUUUUUAUAAAUGAGUUAUUUAAUCUAAAAUUCCACAACAAUACAAUAUGGCUCUUGAUUUACAUCGUAAGUACAUCGAGAAAAAGCAAGACAGUGCACCGUUGGUACCUAUCAAAGAUAUAAUAAAUUCUAAAUACUACUUGGAUCCUCUGGAGCUUUUGGGUGAACGGAGCUUUAAUGAACCUCGUGAAGUCGAUGAGUCGGAAAUAGGAAGUCCAAUACAAGAAUUUUUUCGGGAUGCAGUUGUAUUUUUAACCGGUGGUACUGGUUUUAUGGGCAAGGUUCUAGUGGAAAAGCUACUUAGAACAUGUCCCCAUAUUAAACAUAUUUAUUUGCUGAUCCGAUCUAAGAAGGGCAAAAACGUCGAUCAACGAUUGGAAGAUAUAUUUGAAGACAGGCUGUUUAAAAGAUUAAAAUAUGAAGUACCCAAGUAUUAUCAUAAAGUUUCUGGAGUAGCCGGUGAUUGUGGUUUACCUGGUUUGGGAUUGAGUGUAAGCACUCGAAAUACAUUAAUUAACGAAGUAAACAUAAUUUUCCACGGAGCAGCUACUGUGCGUUUUGAUGAACAUAUUCGUGUAGCUAUGAACAUAAAUGUUUCUGGAACAAGAGAAUUAAUAAGUUUGGCCAGGAAUAUAACCAAAUUAAAGGUCAUAGCACAUAUUUCUACUGCAUUUUCAAACUGCAACCGAAUGCAUAUCGAUGAACAAUUUUAUGAUCCUAGUGCUGAUUAUAAUGAUGUAUUGAAAUUGAUUUCUUCUACCGACGAUCAAACACUUAAUGAUAUGACUAGCAAAAUCAUUGGCGAUUUACCAAAUACUUAUUCUUUUACAAAAUGUUUGGCAGAAGAUGCUAUUCGAAAAGAAGCACAAGAUCUUCCAAUAUUAGUUUUCCGACCCACUGUGGUGGUAGGUACUUACCGGGAACCAGUUAGAGGUUGGAUAGAUAAUGUAUAUGGACCAACAGGAAUCGUAGUGGGAGCUGGUACUGGAGUAUUACAUACAUAUUAUCUUGAUUCCAAUAUUGUAACUGAUAUAAUUCCCGUUGACAUUGUUGUAAACGCUCUCAUAUGUGCUACUUAUAAAACAGCAACCAGCAGGAAGUAUGAUGAAAUACCAAUAUAUACAUGUUCAAGUUCAAGGCAAAAACCAAUUAAAUGGAAUCAAUUUAUGGAGUUAAAUAAACGUUAUGGUAUUUACUGGCCUACAAUUCGGGCGAUUUGGUAUUACUCGUUUUGGGUUACUAAAAAUCCAUUUUUAUACGCAAUGUUAAAUUUUUUCUGUCACAUUGUGCCUGGCUAUACACUAGACACAUUGGCACGUUUUGUUGGACAAAAACCAAUAUUGAUGAAUAUUUAUAAGAAGAUUGAUAAAGUACGUGAUAUAUUAGCCUAUUUUUCUGACAAAGAAUGGACGUUCAUUAAUGAUCGAUUACUGGCGUUAUGGGAUACUCUUGAUAGUCAAGAUCAAGAAUUAUUCAAUUUUGACAUACAUCAAUUAUCAUGGGAUUAUUUUUGUCAGGCACUCUGUCUUGGUUUAAGAGUUUAUCUCGUAAAAGAUGAUAUACAUACAUUGCCUGCGGCUAGAAAAAAAUGGGAAAAAUUAUACAUAGCACAUAAUAUUCUGUUAUUAAUUGUGUACGGAAUCGCGUUGUAUUGUAUUUGGUUAAUUAUAACUGUACCACUAAAAUUUACUGGGCUAAUGUAAAAAAGUUUACGGAGAUUUAAACCAUAAACGUUUACUUAAUGUAUAAUCAAGUAAAUAUUUAUAGGUAUUGAUUUAUAUGAUGACUGUUAAAUUCAAGUCGGGGUAAGGUGACUAUUGUAAUUUUCUCUUUAAAUUGAUUAGUUCUUAUUGAUAGAUAAGUUGAAAUAGCUCAAACUUUGUGUAAGUAUAUGAUACGUCAUUUAUUAUUACUUUUGAAAGUCAUAGAAAAAAUGUAAAUAAAUAAUACGUAAUAAAAGUUAACU